CGUCCAUGAGCUGAUCCCCCCCAUUACCCAGAUGCAGUUUUGCUGUAUUAAUUCCCACACAUGCACCUUGCUUGCGUUGUUCUUCGUUCUUUUCCCCCCGGACUAGACUUGUUAUCAAGCUUUAUAAUUACCUGAAGACUCUGCCUUCUGCUCUCGCCUCAUGCGCGCUCCGGCCCUCGCUCUCGUCGCCCAUCAGUCUCUUGCAGCCACCUCUACCAUCGGCGCCCACGCCCUCGCCUCACUCUUGACUGACUUCCGGUAGCCAACCCAUGCGAUACAUCAUACGUCCAUGAACAGCUCGCAGCGACGGGCUCCGCUUCCGAUGUUGAGGUUCUUUGAAUAUGCUAGCAACAUCCCCAUCCCCUAAUCUCCCACCGACGACCACCCUCGAGUCGGGUGUUGCCGUAUACUCCUCGGGUCGAACGCAGUAUGAUCGCUCGAUGAUCAAGCCUGUCAACCCUCGAAGUGCCACCGUGGAACAGGCCAACACAACCCGAAAGCGCCCUCCCUCCUACGAUCUGGACGUUCAGAAACCCCGCAGGAUUCCCAGUACGCGAUCUCUCGAUCGCUACAACUACUCGCCCCGGCCUCAACCCCGCGUGAAAAUGGUUGAUGCUGCGACACAAUACUCACCUCCAAACCAAGAGAAAGCUGAAAAAACUCCGACCAGUACAAUUGCAGGCCUGCAGCUAUCCGAAGGCGAGGACCAACCCCCUAAGACAGCUCCCCUCCCGUCGGCCGCGAAGCGACGCGAUGGCACAGCUGUCAACCCACCCAAGCCGGAGAGCACCACGAGUUCAGGCCAGACGAAGAGGCUGGCCGCUGAACCCCCUGCAGAGCCAGAAAUUCGCCCAAACGGACCCGAGGCAGAAGAGACGCAGAGCACACAACAAUCUCCGGUGAAAAAGGCACGUCCGGACGCCCCACCAGUUCGAAUAAUGCCACUGCAAUAUGAGAACUGUAACACGCGGGAUUUGGUAGUGCUGAUAUCCUCGAUGCUCAUGGAGCUCAUACGCUACAACGAUGCAAUUCCCCUGCGAGAAGGACAGCUCACACGUUUCCACUCACGCGCCCCUCCAGGCAUCUCGGUCCUGGACUAUCUCCAACGAUUGACCACCCACGCCACUCUAUCUCCACCUAUACUACUCAGCGUGGUCUACUACAUCGACCGCCUGUGUGCGCUUUAUCCGGCUUUCACUAUCAGCUCCCUCACCGUACAUCGGUUUCUUAUAACAAGCGCCACGGUCGCCAGCAAAGGUCUGAGCGAUUCGUUUUGGACUAACAAGACUUAUGCCAGGGUGGGCGGCGUGAGUAUGAAGGAACUCGCGCUGCUGGAACUUGAAUUUCUCACCAGAAUGGAGUGGCGCAUUGUGCCGAAACCGGAAGUUUUGGUGGAUUACUAUAAGUCGCUGAUUGCGAGAAAUUCUCAGUAUCAGCUCGAGGGUACAUAGCAUCAACGCGCUUGAUGUGGAAACAUUUGUUUUCAUUCCUCUGACUUCCCAUAUUUCUUGUGUAGCCGGCUGACAGACAGCUGGAAAUGGGUACAUCAAGGCCAGAAGACCACCAUGUGGACAAGGGGGAGAGGUCAAUGAGGAGGAAUUUUACGAUAUUUGACGUGUCUGUCGUCUGAAACGAACAGAGACCAGAUUUGGACGGCCGAUAAUACCACGUUGUACCAGAAGAUGCGACUCCAUCUAGCCCCACGGGAAUGUUGAUAUAAAUUUGCUUUUAUUGUCUCAUGAGUGG